UUGGUGUCCAGGGACAAUCAGACUAGACAAAUACAAGAUGCUGUUUCAAAUGUGGAAAAACAUUUUGGUGAAUUGUGCCAAAUAUUUGCUGGAUAUGUACGUAAAACUGCCAGACUACGAGACAAAGCAGAUCUUCUAGUAAAUGAAAUAUAUGCAUAUGCAGCCACAGAGACACCAAACUUAAAAGUUGGACUGAAAAACUUUGCAGAUGAAUUUUCCAGACUUCAGGAUUAUCGCCAGGCAGAGGUUGACAGGCUUGAAGCCAAGGUUGUUGAACCUCUAAAAAGUUACGGGACCAUAGUGAAACUUAAAAGGGAUGAUCUUAAAGCAACUUUAACAGCAAAGAACCGAGAAGCCAAGCAAUUAUCUCAACUGGAAAAAACACGUCAGCGGAAUCCAUCAGAUCGACACAUUAUU